AUGGAAGAAAAAAUUAUUGAUGUGGAAAGAACCAUAACAAAAGAAGGUCAUAACAAAAAUAUCAACUUAUCGGAAAAUACGGAGCAUGUAGUGAAUAUGGUAAUUAAAAGUGAGCCACCAGAUAUGCCAGAAGUGCUUGGAAUUAUAGAUAUUUUAAUGAAUGAUAAAGCAGAGUCAUCUACAUCAACAGGUAAAAAAAAUAAAAACAGAAACCCAAUUAUACAAAGAAGGAAGAAGAUAAUGCUUUCUGAUGAUGAAUGGGAACCUGAGAAAAAAUCCACUACUGAAAAACCAUCUAAAGAAGGUCCUUCAAAAGGAACUGAGGAAUACUAUGGGUAUGACAUCCUUAACCAGAUAGAGAUAGUGACAAUUACUGAAGAGGAGCGUCUGGCUGAGUUGAAAGAAGCCUAUGAGUCUCGAAAACAUAUGAAUUAUAUAUGCAAAGGUUGUGCUGCUGGUUUUGUUGUGAAAGAUGCCUAUGAUGUGCAUAUGAAGUUGCACACAAAGGAAUCAGGUGAAUUUGUUUGCGAAGUGUGCAAUACUUAUAUGAAGAGUGAGGAGACACUUCAUCGUCACAAAUUGCGACAUUAUAGAAGAUACAGGUGUAUGGUGUGCAGCGUGCGAUACAAGGACAAAGACGCAGUAGCAGGCCACGUAUCUUUUAUGCACAGCGGGAAUACGUUUAACUGCGACCAGUGCGGGUCUACCUUCAAGCGUCCGCAAUACCUCCGCCGUCACAUUGAGCAGAUUCAUACAAAAUCGACCCCAAUGGAGUGCCCCAUCUGCCAACAGGUCUACUAUGAGAGUGGGUGGUACCGGAAUCAUAUUAGAAAACAUAAUAAAGAAGUUCAAGACUCAAAAAUAGUGAAAUGUCCGGAAUGUGACCGGACCUUCAAACACAAAUCGUACCUCAAGACACACAUGUUGACGCACGAAUCAUGUGAAGUUGUCUGUUUGGAGUGUUCGGAAAGUUUUAGGAAUUCACAUCUGCUGGAGGAGCACUAUAAAGCCGCGCAUGCGGUCAAUUUUACUGUGUAA